GUUUGUUCAUGGCCUAACCAUAAUUAUUAAGCACUAAAAGCGGAAAUCACCCCCUAACAAACUAAAAUGAGGGAAUUGAACAGCCAUAAUAACCACAACUCAGAAAGGAUAAUAUACAAUCUUUAAUGCUCCAUUCAUAACCAAAGACACGAACAGUAUGGAAUAAAUUGUUCUCAAUGUGUGUGUGAUUUUUUGUUACACGACAUAAUAUGGCACAUCAGUUUUAUGGUAUCAUAACCAUACUAAUACUAAGAGGCGAAUUUUGUGUAUGCUCUAUAGGGUUCGGCGAUUCAGCCGCCUACUAGGGUAGUUCUCAUUUUUCCCUUCUCUUCGUUUUCAGCCGAUACGUUUGGACUGGAACGGAAGGUGGGUGCUGUUGUUUUAUAUCGGAAUUGCUUCGUGUCUCUCUUCUCUUCGUUUUCAGCCUCUAAGUUUUGGGACGAGCGAAGUUCAGCCGCAGGGAGAGUACGCUAAAAGUCACUAACAAUGGAGUUUAACCACCAUCAUUGUACGCUAAAAGUCAGAGGUUAUAGAGGAGUGUGACAUAUCCCCACUUAUGAGCUACACGGGCUGGCAACAUGGGUUUACAUUCAACUAUAUUGUCGGAUUGUCUCGUUAGAGACAAACGUAAACACUUAUGUGAAAACAAAUGAAACACUUGACUUGAGUUGGCUAAGUGUGGCGAACAUAGAUGAAUAUCGUGCACAAGUUAUCCCGUCUUUUGAGAACAAAAGAAUGAAUAUUCUUGAGAGAUUGGAGAAUUUAUUCGAGGCUAUGACAAUGCACAUGGAUGAGGAGGAGACAUGCCUUGAAUGGCUUCACGAUUUAUCAGACAUUUUAGAACCCGGUGGUUCUUUUUUCCACGAUGAGAAUGGAAACUUACCAUCUUCUGUUGACGCAUAUUUCAUCGCGAUGGGUAUAAUUAUUCUCCAACAACAUGAGGGUUCUUCAAUGAGUGCAUGUCUUUCACAAUAAUUUGGCAUUAUUCUCAACCAUUGACAGAUUUUUGUCAUUUUCUAGCUCGCCGCAAGUCAUUGAUCUCGAUUUCAACAUUUCGGGCCAAGAAGUAAAAUCAUUCGAUGAUUUUCUUCGAGUGUACAGACUCGACACUCAAAACGCGAUGCUUAUAGGUGAAGGUUCCUUUGGCAAGGUCUAUGAUGUUAACAUCCCAAUGCAGAAUGCAUUGAAUCUACAUCCGGGUAGAUAUGCAAUUAAGGUGUUUCAAAAGAGUUUUUCUGAUUUUGUGGCUAGUUCUUAUUGGCCUGAGACUUCAACUACUGAUGGUAUGUACCAUGAAAGGCUGAACAUGAAACUUGCAAUAGGAACGAACGAGUACUUUAAAUGCAUUGUGCUUCCUUUCGCAAACGGCCAAACUUUAGAAUCCCAUGCACAUGAUAUCAGUCGCACCAUGCCACAUAGCAUAUGUCGUAUAUUGUCAAUCAUCUACGAUGUGGCAUAUGGCCUACAUGUGAUGAGCAUGUCGGGCCUUUUAUAUAUGGUGCAUGGAGAUUUAAAGAUGAAGAAUAUCCUUAUGCAUGAUGACAGGGCGGUGAGAGCUGACUUUGGCACUCUUUCUUACAUAUCGGAUCUUCGGAGUGUCGUAGUUACAGGACGAAAUGGCAGAUAUUCAAAACAAAAAAGAUACCAUCUACUCAACCAUUGAUAUGAUGCAAGCAAUGGCGUGUUCAAUAAGCUUUGCUACCUAAGGUUGAAUGCACAAGUGCAUUGGUAAAUGAGCUGUUGUCCAUUGUCGCAUUAUUUCAGGUUAUCUUAUUCAGAAUCAGUCUCGGGGGAAAAGAGUGAUCAAACGUGAACUUGUGGGGCAUUGUUUUUUCUAGAAGUGAGGCAUUCAUACAGAGGCACAAGAUGAACAGCUCAAAUAUAACAUAUACUUAAUGUACUAGUGCGCCAAAGCGAUGUUGCUGCUUCUAAAUGCCAAAGAGCUUACAGAGUCAUCUAAUUAUCUCCGGUUGAUGCAGCCUCAUAAGUGUUUUAAGCCAUCUCAUUAGUACAUAAGUUUGUUUUAAUCUUCCCAGUAAGAAAUGUUAUACACAUUGUAAUGAAAUCAUGUAUUGGAUGUAUAUUAUACUACGUAUAUAUUAAUGGCAUUUUGUAUACUACUGUUUUG